AGUUCACGCUUCCGGGUUGGGCUGCGCACGGGGACCAUGUGAGCCACUGUGAGGUUUAAAGCAGUGUGUGUGUAUGAGUGUGUGGUCACUUGCUCGUGGUUUGAUCUUGUCCAGGCAGCGCUCUCCUCAUUCCCCGGUGAGAAUCAGAGCCAUGUGUAAAGAGAUGAAGACAUCAGUGCUGCGCUUAUUUCCGCCCGACAAAAACGGACCUCUGAACAGAGACUCCCCAGAUGGAGCUCAAAUCCUCCACUCUACACUAAAGGCUCUAAAAGACGGUCAGGUCAUCGCUGUUCCCACUGACACGAUCUAUGGCCUGGCUUGCUUGGCUCAGAAUUCAGAAGCUAUCAAGAGGGUGUAUAAUAUCAAGGGCAGAAAUGGCAACAAGCCUUUAGCUAUUUGUGUUGGAGAAGUACAAGACAUAUACAAGUAUUGUAAAGUGACUGUUAAAGAAGAUCUUCUGAAAGAUCUCCUUCCUGGACCAGUCACUCUGGUUCUUGAAAGGUCUGAAACUCUGAAUGCAGACCUCAAUCCGUUCACUAGGCUUGUUGGUGUCCGCAUCCCAGACCAUCCCUUCAUGAGACGUUUGUGUCAGUUAUGUGAUGAGCCCCUUGCUUUGACUAGUGCUAACAUCAGUACACAGUCCAGCACUCUUGCAGUUCACGAGUUUGAGGAGCUGUGGCCAAGAGUAGCUGUGGUCGUGGACGGUGGUCCGAUAGCAGAUCAAAGUCGACUGGGCUCAACAGUUGUGGAUCUCUCCGUGCCUGGUAGAUAUCGCAUCAUAAGGCCUGGCUGUGCCUGUUCAGCCACAGUUGCUAUACUUGAGAAGAAAUACACAUUAUUGGAGGAUUCUUCCAGUUAAUGAAGGUUUGGCUUUCUACUGUAAUCCCGCUGAAGUGCACAAACGAAGAACUGUUCGCCAGCCAUUUGGACCCUAAAUUAUUGGACUGAUAUUUCACUACAAUGUAGCUGUGAAUGGGUCAGGAAAUUAGAAAAGUCUUAUCCAUGGCAAUCUUUGUUUGGAAUUUUCUAUUGCCUGAUUUUAUGGUUUAUUAACAAGAUCUUUUUAUGCCACUUUUUCUAAAUAAUUAACAUUGGCAUCACUCUUCAUUGGUCCGAAAUAGUGAUGUAGCAGAGCAUGAUGUAUACGUCUUUUUAUUUAUUUUUAAGACAGAGUUUUGGGUUUUGCUUGGAUUUUUAGGAUUAUUCUCUCGGACAUCAAAUAUAGGCCAUCGAACACUCCGGGGGAAAAAACGUAUCAGUAAUGGGCUAACUUUAAAUUGCUUUACAUAUGUUAUUUGUAUAUUUGACUUAUUGAUCAUUUUAUUUAUUAUCAUCAAGAGCUACUCAUUGGAUUUAUAUUUUGGAUACAAAUGCAAGUUCAUUAUAAGGUCAAUGGUGCAGUAAAUAUUGCACUGAGGGUACAUUAGGGACCAAAGUUGAUCAUAAUAAUAAUAUGCAUUAAUAAACAAAUACUAUGCAUAUUUUUGUGCUCUUUCACCCAACACUAUAAAUAAAAAUGAAUACAAUAUCA